GACAAACAUGCAAAAGAUAGCUCCAGCUUCACCUGAACUCACCACUAUCUCCAAACGAAAGAUCUACAGUCAACAUGAGUCUAAGGAUCAAGCAGAACAAAAGAAAUGGCCGCUUUAGCUCCUCGGGAGGCUUCAGCAGCAUGUCCACUGGAUCCUAUCCGAUGCUCAAAGCCAGCACCACCAAUAAUGUGGUCUCCAUUAAACCAGUCACCAUAAACAAGAGCCUCCUUGAUCCUGUGAAGAUGGACAUUGAUCCAGCAAUCCACACACUGCGAACCCAAGAGAAGGAUCAGAUCAAGGGCCUGAAUAACCGCUUUGCAUCAUACAUCCAACAGGUCCAACUGCUGGAGCAACAGAACAAAAUGCUGGAAACCAAAUGGCAGCUGCUCCAGAAACAGACUGCAACUUCCACUGAUACUGACGCCAUGUUCAAAAGCAACAUUGCCAAUCUGCAGAAACAGCUGGAUCUCAUUCUGAACCAGAGACACCUAAUGGAAAUGGAGAAGAAUGCAUUUAUUGAUCAAACAAAAAGUUACCAAUCAAAGUAUGAAGAAGAGAUCAGCAAAAGGGGUGAUGCAGAGAGCCUCUUUGUUAUGACAAAAAGGGAUGUGGAUGCAGCAUACAUGAACAAGACGGAAUUGGAAAACAAAGUGUCUGCUCUUUAUGACGAGCUAAACUUCCUCAGAGCUGUCCAUGAGGCUGAGCUGAGAGAGCUGCAGGGCAGUGUGAAGGAAACCUCUGUGGUGGUAGAAAUGGAUAACUCUCGCGACCUGAACAUGGAUCAAAUUAUAUCCGAGGUUAAGGCGCAGUAUGAGGAAGUCGCUGCCCGCAGUCGAGAAGAAGCAGAAAACUGGUACAAGACAAAGUUUGACGUGAUGGCAGCAGAGGCUAACCAGUAUGACGCUGAGCUGAUUUCCACCAAGGGCGAAAUAGCUGAGUUGCAACGGAUGAUCAGUCGCCUUAAGAAUGAGAUUGAUGUGGUAACAGCACAGCGUGCCACAAUUGAGCUCAAAAUUUCUGAGAUGGAAGAACGUGGACAAGAAACUGUGGCUGAUGCCAAAGACCGUAUCAGGGAGUUGGAGCAAGCUUUGACGGAUACCAAACACGCUAUGGCUAAACAGAUCAGGAAUUACCAGGAACUGAUGAAUACCAAGUUGGCCCUGGACAUUGAAAUUUCCACAUAUAGGAAACUGGUGGAAGGAGAGGAGGACAGAAUUGGACAAAAGACUGUCUUCAACGUCCGCUCUGCACCAAUCAAAACUGUGAAUCCAGCACCAAGCGAACCAAACCUUGAGAGGCGAAAAUCAGGCGCAAUUCUCAUCAAGACAGUAACAACCAAAGACAUCUCAUACACUGAAUAAAGCAGAGAGAAGCCUGCAGUACUGGGACCUGCUGGAUGACCACAGCUUUUACAUUAAUUCCUGUAUGUUGUGUGAAUUACAUGCGUUUUAUGUGUGUUUUGAUCUCAUUUAAAGAAAAGUUCAUCUUGAUGUAAACAUGUCUUUCUUUUUUUGUGGCAUCCUUUAUGAUAAAAAUCCUAAACAAAGAACUUGUAAAAUUUGUCAUAAUUUUAGUGUGUAGAAAGUUAGAUUAGAUUCAGUGUUUCUCCAAGUAUGCUUUGUAGGUGAUGAGUCUGCUGAGUAAUUUUGGACAGCUCUAAAGAAAAAAAUAGUACAAAUUAUUUAGUUUCAAUUUAAGGGCAUAGUAACACUGUGUUUGCCGAGAUUAAAACCAUGUCACUGUUAAGAUAGGUACGGGAUAUCUUUGAAAAUUUUCUAUAAUAAAAACCUCCUAAUCCAA